AUGACCCAAGUAGCAGCUCAAGGCAACUCGGGAGGAAUGGUUAUGAUGUGGAAUGAAGCAGAGGUAAUAGUGGAUCAAGUUGCUAGUACUGAUCAGGAAAUCCACGCCAUGGUAAAGAAUGAGCUUGAAAUACUGACAAAUGAGGAUCGACAUCCAUGUUUGAUGAAGUUAAAGGGGUUCUGUUUUCAAUAUAUACUUGCUGUUGUAUAUGAUGAAGUACCAACUAAAUUUUUGUCCGAGGUGCUUUCUUCUGGAGAUCACGGGUUCGAGUCGUGGAAACAGACUCUUGCAGAAAUGCCGGGUAAGUGUCAUUUUGGAUGGAAUGACAGAAUGAAGGUGGCGAUGCAACUAGCAAGCCUCUUCGCUUGGUUGCACGAGAGGCGAUUUGCAUUUGGUAGUGUCACGCCUUCUGGGAUAACGAUUGACAAAGACUUAAAUAUAAAAUUAUUCGACUUUGGUUACCUUGCUCCUGUAAGCGAGGAGGAUAACGGAGUUCCCAUGCCUUAUCCUGUUUUCCCAGAUACUCCUGAGGCUAGAAACGGUGUGUCUCUUUGA